AUGGCCGUCAUAGUGGAGACUAUCGUGAUCGCUGUAGUGCUGUUGGCGAACGCCUACAACGUGGCCUCUUUUCGAGCCCUUUCCGAUCUGUUCGAGCAUUUGGAACAGUCCAUCGAGGGAAGGAACCCAGCGGGACAUGUCUAUCCAGCGUACGGCGUGGCAAUCAACGCCCUCAUCAUGCUCUGUAUCGUAUAUCAUUCCAUCCUUAUUUGCUUUAGCUAUCGGAUGGACAUUUCGUUCGUGCUACAGCUACGCUGGGAAGUUGUAAUUUCCGAUUUCUACUCUAUUCAUCUGGUGUUCCUUUUGCUAGCCAUCGGACGUUCCGCGAGGCAACUGAGACGCAUGCUGCAGGAAAGUAUCGUGUCCAACCGUGUCGCCGACGUCUGUGCCGUGCUACGUUUGCGGGACGAUUUACUGCGAUCCGUUGCGCUGGUAAAUCGCUGCUACGGAGUGUUCUUUCUAGGGGGCGGUGUAACGUGGGCCGUAUACAUUACCGGCAUACUUUACUUUGAUUUCGUGCUCCAAGGUGUGUUCAUCCUUGACGCUCGGAGCCUUGGGUUACACACGGUCAUGUUUGUGUGGAAAAGUGUAAUCAUCGGCGGGCUACUAACAGUUGCCGGAACUGUGAUGGACAGGGUGAAUGAAAUCAUGCAGGCAACCUAUUGUUGUGAGACACACCCAUCAAUGAAUCGCGGCCUGACAAAGAUGCUCGAUAAGGCGCUACUGAAGUGUCAGUUCCAGGACAUUCGCUUUACGGUUUACGGACUGCUCACCAUCGAUAACAGCUUGAGCUAUGCGGUGACAUGCUCGAUCGUGACCUACCUAGUGAUUCUGGUGCAAUUUCGGCAAAUGGAGGAGCAAAGUGAAAACAACGAGAAUUAA